AUGCCGCAACCACGUUCCAAGCGGCAGAGAGCGUCUACAAAGCGCUCGCGCACCGGGUGUCGCACCUGCAGAGUCCGCCACAUCAAAUGCGACGAGUCGCCGACUGCCUGCCACAACUGCACCUCCAACGGCUGGGCCUGCGAUGGCUACGAGGUGAAUCGCCUCCCGCGACCGACCGAGCUGGUCAAGUCGCGACCCUCGCUGCCACGCCCCCCCGUCGCGUCCGGCUUCCGCUGGGCAAGCACCCCGGACGAGAAACGAUGCGUCUCGUUUUUCCUGCAUCGGACCAUCCCGAGCCUGACCAGCUACUACGACUCGUCGCUGUGGCAAAAGCUGGUGCUGCAGAUGUGCUACAGUGAGCCCGCCGUGUACCAUGCGGUCGUGGCCCUGAGCGCCAUCAACCAGGACCUGGAGAAACACGGCAUCCCCAUCCCAGGGAGCGAGUCUGGCAGCACGUGGCAUGGCUUUGCCUUGGAACAGUGCGGCCGCUCCUUUGGCCUGUUGAGUAGGCGGCAUAUCCUACAGGAUCCUCAAUUGCGAGAGGUUCUCCUGGUUUGCUGCCUGUUGUUUGUCAUGCUGGAGCUGGUCUGCGGUCGCUUCGACGACGCCACUGCACAUUUGCAGAGUGGGCUGGCCAUCCUCCAAGAGCUGCGGAAUCAGCGUUUACUUCAGGGACUCGCACUCGUUCCGGUAGAGGAGAGCCUUUUGGAAGCCUUUCUGCACCUGGAGUCGCAGGCCAUGCACCACGGCCUCGUACCGUCACCACUGCAGCUGGAGGUAUAUGGUCUGCAGCUUGGAGAAAAAUCGCACGAGUUUCAAACUCUUCGAGAUGUCCAGCAAGUCUUGCAUCCCCUCACUGAUGCCGGCUUUGCUUUUCUCGCCCGGUGCUGGACCGCAACAGACAUUGAGAUGCCCGAGAGAUACGCCGCAUUGUAUACAGAGCAGCACCGGAUCCUCUCUGCGUUGCAUCAAUUUAGCCUCGAUUUCGACCGGUUCCGAAUUCAGUAUCACCAUAAACAGACCCAGAAAGAGCGACGGGGAGCAGACACGGCGUAUUUAACCUACCGGAACAUGCAAUUGGCCUGCAAGACAGCGCUGUAUGCAAAGAGCUGUCCCCUCCCAGUGUCCUUUACGGAGGAGUAUGUAGAGUUACUAUUAGUGACCUUGGAGGCGAUGGACAAGUUGGAAGACCGUCCGCUCAUGACAGUCGAGAGCGCCAUCUGUCCGGCCUUGUUCACCAUUGCUGCUCGCUGCCCCGACUACUCGGUGCGAUGGAAGGCGAUUGAGGCCCUGUGGGCGUGGCCGCACUGUGAGGGAUACCUGAACUCGAGGCUGACCGCAGACGUUGCAACCGAGCAGAUGAAGCGGGAGAUGCGAUGCUUAUGGACAGAGAUGAAGAUGACUGGAUCCCCGGCGCCACAGGGGUUGUUAUUCGAGACACAAGACGGGGGGACCUCGGUCUGGAUCGAGGGGGCCUGGCUUUCUCUAGAGCCCAACCAGGAGCUGGCGAGGUCGCUGGAAAGCGUCCCGUCAGCACCCUCCUGGGCGUGUGUAAAGGCGUCGGGCAUUCUUUCUUGA